CCCUCACUAUAUCCCCAUUUUCUCUUGUUCGUGACGGCCGAUUGCUCAUGUUCCCUCUCUCCACUUUCUCUCCUUCGCAUCCCGCAAGCAUUCAUUUUGCUCAAAAUUUACGUCGAUUCCCCACGAAAUCUUCUCCAUCCAGGCUGUUUGUACAUCGAUAAUUCAUUUGGCAAUCAUUAUCCUGCAAUUGGUCAAUUGGAGGUUAGUUUAGCUGACAAUUUGGUAAGGGAAUAGCAUGCAGAAUCCUAAAAUGCCCGUUGUGAUCUUCGAUUUGCUGAUAUUGGGGGAAAUCGGCUUGAUAUCACACACCGAUAGAAGUUCUUUCUCCUUUUUCCUUUCGUAUUCAAUUGCACCUUCUUCCUUCUCAAAUAUAUUAAUAUUAACCCCGUCGAUUGAUUUUAGGGUCACUGGUCAGUCUCAGUUCUUCCGUUCAUCAUGGCCUUCACUCUUCUCAUAGCACAGUCGAAGUAAUCACUAUUGAAACUUCAUUUCUUUUAGUUUAUUGCUGGUCUUUAUCAAUCAAUGAAUGCUAAUAUUAUUUUGUUAGUUUUUUACUUUGUUGGAGUUCGUCAGGUUCGCAACGGGCAUUAGCUCACCAUCUGCAAUCUGGUCAACAUAUCCUCCCUCUCCAGAUUACAGGUUAGGUGUAGACUUACUUCAAAUCAACUACAUAUUGUAAUUUGUAUGUGUUUGGACUUAGGGUCAUGGAAUAGGGACUGUGUAGCUUGCAUGUGUCGAUUGCAUGUGUGCAAAUAGAUGGAUGGUCUGAGUCGUGAUGGUUGAUUGAUUGUGGUUUUGUUUAUGUAGAUGGAUGGUGCAAUCGCAUAUGAUGCUUUCAAUGUGAAUGAUCCUCCCAAGGCUAGUAAACAAAACAGUGGGAAUAACAUUACUAAUGGUAAUGGUACUGAUAAUAAUGUCUUGGCAAAUAGAAAUGAAAAUGUUGAAGUCGUUCUUGAGGAAGAUCGUAAAUUGAAUUCUGAUGUCUGGCCACAUUUUGGAAGGGUGAAGUUUAACGGGGGAAUUAAAGCUAAGUGUAAGUACUAUCGUAAAUGACUUUGUGGUGAUACUAGUAAUGGAACCUCCCGCCUAAGGAACCAUUAUAAAAAUAGUACCCAAAGAAAAAUACAUGAUGAUACACAGAAAGUUCUUGAUCCUGGUUAUACACCCACUGGAAAACCCCUACUAUCUGCUACUCAUUUCAAUUCUUAUGUGUCUAGGAAAGAGAUGCGUUCUAUUAUUAUGGUAGCAUUGGUAAACACUUGGGAUUCAAACGUUUAUGUUGUUUUUUGCAACCUCAGUUCACUGUGCCUUGUAGAAAUACAAUUAAGGACAUAAUGAGAUUAUAUGUGGUUGAAAUGGCAAAGUUUUGGAAGGUUCUAGAUGGUAAUAUUAGUAGAGUUAUAGUUACCACUGAUAUGUGGACUUCAACCAACUAAAAGAGGAGUUAUAUGGCAAUGACUGACCAUUUUAUUGACAAUUCUUGGAAGCUUAAAAGCAUCAUGUUGAGCUUUGGUUAUGUCCCUACCCAUUAUAUCAGUGAGAGGUUGAGAGAUAGGUUGUUCAAGUGUCUUAUUGAUUUGAAUAUUGAUAGCAAGUUGUCCUCAAUUACCUUGGAUAACUGUACCACCAACGACGUCAUGAUUACCCAUAUAAAAACCAAACUUGUUAUGGAUUAUUUGUUGUUGAAUUGUAUGCUGGUUCAAAUGAGAUGUUAUUUGUCCACUCAAUUAGGGAGACAAAUGAGUCAAGUUGAGUAGGAAUGAGAAAAAUAUUCUUGAUCGUUUAUAUCCGUCUGAAUCUAACUUAAUCAGGCAGGGUAAAAUGAAUGUAACUUAUUCAUGUAGGGUAAAAUCUGAAUUCGGAAGGUUUUUAGUGGGUACGAGUAAAACUCGAACCUGACUAUUGCAGGUAAUGGGUGGACAUGGUUUUCUUGCUAUCCAACCCGAACCCGCUCGAUUAUACACAUGCAUAUGUAUUUUGUCUAGGAAAGAUCAUUAUUUUUUGAAUAUUUUUAUGAAAUUGUGUUGUUUUUAAUUAAUUCUUCAUUCUAGUGAUUUGUGUUUGGGCUCGAUCGAGAGUCGAGCCUAGUUUAGACGUAGCUUGGGCUCGACCGUUAUUAAACGAGUCAAGUUAAAGCUCCAUAUACAACAGGACACUAGAGUGUGUAUCAUUGUCAUAUCAUGAUCUGACAUUGAUAUGAUAUUAUCAAUUUAUUUUGUCAAACAUAAUAACUCAUACCAACACCAUAUCACUUUCAUACCGACAUUACACCAUUAAGAUAUCAACAUCAUACCACUAUGAUGGAAAAAAUCCCAAAAUACGCAUGUUUAAAAAAAAUUCUCAAAAUACACACGUUAUGAAAAAAAAUUCCAAUCUAUGCAUGUUUGGGCAUUCACCGCGGUAGAGAAAGGCGGUGAUUGCAUCACCGCUGUAGAGAAAUACGUUGAAUGCUUCACCGCAUUACACAGCCGCGAUGAAGGCCUGACCUGCGUCAAAACUUUAAACGAACGUAACUUUGUGCUCGGUUAUCCAAUCGUAGCGAAUUUUUUUUUUUUUUGAAACACGUCCCGCUAAAAGUAAGAAAACCAUGCCCACCCAUUACCCACUAAAAGUUCUCGGGUUCGGAUUUUACCCUACCCGAUUAGGAAGGAUUUGGGCGGAUAUCCACGGUUACGGAUAUUUUUGUCAUCCCUAUUGUAGAACACAAAAAAAGUGUUAUUUUUUAUGAAAUUUUUUGAAAUCCAUUGUAAAAUGAAUAAGAUAAAGUCCGUUGAAAUUUCGUAAGAGAUUUGAAAAGCGUUAUAACAACCGCCUGAGAAACAGUGCCCCCAAAAUCCGAUCAGCCCUCUCCCCAAAACUCCUACUUUACCUAUUUACCCUUAUACUAAGAUUACUUUUAGAUAACUUCCCUCACAAUCUCAACCAUUCAUUAUAGUUUUAUACCCUGACCUAAAACUUAUAGAACAAGAGAAAUAAAUGUGUCAACUCUCGAGGGGCAAAAAAUUAGUAUUUAUCCUAUGGUAACAGAAGAGAUUUAAUCAUGGUUGUCAUGUCGCUAGCAUGCCGGCCAAUUCACGUUCAACUGGUGUCGGUUAUGAAACCGUCAUGAACACCCUAGAUAUGACCGGCAUGAUCGAUAUACGAACUAUAAGCAAAAUGACGUCGUUUUAGAGAAUUUAAUUAAUAAAAAUGGUUCUAUUAUUUAUUUAUGAAUUUAAAAGUUAAAGGUCGAUGUAAUUUGUUGGAUUCAACAUUUAGAUAUUAACGUUACAUAUUGAACAUAACUAUAAAUAAGAGUAUUUGUUAUUUUAUUUGGAAUGUCGUAUAUUAUUUAAAUAUGAAUAUGGAUUGUAAGUAAUUGUCUUCAAAUAUAUUUUGUAUAUGAUUAAAUUUAUUUGAUGUUAAUGAUUUUGCACAUUUUUAUAUAUUUUGUUAAAUCGACAUGAGCCGAUCGUACUACUGGUCGAACCAUUUCACCAGCUAAAACGGCGCAAUGAUAUAAACUAGGGCUGCAAAUGAGCCAAGCUACUCGCGAGCAACUCGAGGUUCGAAUCAGGAAAAACUCGUUCGAAACUCGAUUCGUUUACCGACGAGCCAAGCUUGAGCCUAACUAUGUUCAGCUCGUGAAGCUCGCGAGCUAGCUCGACUCGGUGGGUUGUUGAGCUCAACUCGUGAGUUGGGUCAUUUAGAGCUCAUGAGAUGUCUCAACAUUGUGGUUUGAGGGCCAACUUGAUCACUGACUUAUGGACUAAUCGAUCUAAUUUGGGACUUUCAUAAUUCAUAGGAUUGUUAAAUUAUAUAUCUCACAUCAUGUGAAGUUUAACAUGUAAGAAAAUAUGCAUUAUUUUUAAUUCUAUAAAGAAGUUAUGCACAAAAUUGUUUCGAUACUAUGAAAUAACAUGAUUUGAACUAGUUAAAAUUUAUUAACUAAACAAUAUGACACCUAAAAAUUAUAAUAUAAGAUUAAUUAAUGUUGAACAUUUGAUUAUUAUUUAUCACUACAUCAAUCACAUGUACCAUACACGACAUACAAAAUUAAUGUAUUAAAUACGAUCUAAGAAUUUAGUAAACAAGCCUAGCUCGAACUCGACUCGACUAGGCUCGUUAAUAAAUGGCUCGGGCUCGAGCUUAGCUCAUUUGUUAACGAGUCAAGCUCAAGCCGGGGUAAAACUCGGCUCAGCUCGGCUCAUUUGCAGCCCUAAUAUAAACUAGUUUGACAAUAUUGUUGUUCUUUUAUGAAUAAGAUUAUUUAUUCAUAAAAAAAAGAACGAGCUAAAUACUCAUCGUAACUGGCAAACCAAUCGAACACUGAGUGCACAAACUUUUUACAUCAACCUAUCUAUCUCCAGUACUUCUACCUACGUAUCUAUCAAAGCUACAAACCAACAAAAGAGUUUACAUAGAAGGUUCAUUGAUACAACUAAUCAACAAAAGUCACAGAUAUCAUAGGAGCCAAAUUAGUUCAGAAUUUGCUGCUGCAAAUUGUACAGAGUUGUCGAUAUGCAGCUGGAUAGCCUCCUGAAUUUUCUCUAGCUACUGUAAUUCUGUGAGGCGUGAGCUAUUGUCCUACAUAUAACCUUCUACACCUUUCUCUCUAUAGCUGGCUUACCAUUAGUCCACUAUUGUUCACAUAGUUCUCCUUGCCAAAUCAUACAUUGAGUUCCCAAAUGACAACCUUGAUGUCAACCCUUUUGUAUGUGAUGAUGAUUUCUUAAUCAAUCAAGGAUUUUAAUAAGGCAAAGGUACAACGUAUAAUGUCGGUUCCAUUUAAGCAAAAUAGUGAAGGCAGGAGACCAAAUAUUGUUUGCGAAGCUGACAUUCCCUCUUUUCUCAUUCUCAGCCUAGAGCCGGAGGAAGGAACGCAAGUAUUCAGGUCUCCACCACUGUAGUAGUUGUUUUGCUAUUAAUUAGUGAGCGCUUCCGUCAACCCUACGCUACUACUACUCGCAACCUGCGAUUUCCAGCAAAAAAAAACCUAUUUCCCACUCUUCCUUCGCCACCGAUGGGACAUUCAGGCCACCAACCCUCCACCCUCAUGACUGAUCUCCUCCGCCACUCUAGCGGCGUGGCCAUAAUCGACGGCGGCCUCGCCAUCGAGCUCGAGCGCCACGGUGCCGACCUCAACGAUCCGCUCUGGAGUGCCAAGUGUCUCCUCACUUCUCCUCAUCUCAUCCACACCGUGCACACUAACUAUCUCGAAACUGGUGCAGAUAUUAUUAUCACAACAUCAUAUCAGGCUACCAUUCAGGAAUUUGAGGCAAAGGGAUACUCUACUGAAGAAGUUGAAAGCGUGUCGAGAUCGCUUGUGAGGCAAGAGAAGCCUACAACAAAAGAUGCAAAGAAGCUCAACAUGACAUUGAUAGUAGUGGCAAUGUCUUGAAGCAGCGACCUAUAAUAGUUGCUGCUUCUGUUGGAAGCUAUGGAGCUUAUUUGGCUGACGGAUCAGAGUACAGGUGCAUUAGUCCCCUGCAUCUUUUUGUGGAAUUUGGCCUUUUAGUAGCAGAAUUUCCAUUUUACACAACUAUUACUCCUCACAUAUUAGGUUCACAAAAGGCAGGGUUCUCUAUACUUGACAUUAUAUCUUGGAACCUAUAUUAUGAUUGAUCAAAGUGCUCCUUUUUAGCUAGCUGUGUGUUUUCUAUCCUUGAAUGGCGGUCUACUUCUAUCUGGAUUAUAGAUGUCUAUUCACUAUGCAUAAAUUAUGGCUGGGUCUUCCCUAAAUCCAUACUCUGGUUCAAAUUUUCUCUCAUAUAUGUUAAUAUAAUAAUAUCCCUAUCAGAAGUUGACAGAUGUUGCACUUUGUUGUUUGUUGAGUACAAUGGAAUCUAUUGUGAAGCUGUUAGCUUGGAGAUCUUGAAGGAGUUCCAUCGCAGAAGGCUUAAAAUCUUGGCAGAAUCCGGUGCCGUUCUCAUAGCAUUCGAAACCAUUCCAAAUAAGGUGGAAGCUCAGGUAACUAACCACAACUCCCAGGACAGUUGCUAAUUGGUUGCAUGUUCAACAAUUCCUUAUUUUUGUCUCAAUGUUAUAUCGAAAGCAGUAGAGAUGUAAAGACAGGAAAACGACAUACAAGGGCAAUUUGAACACCUUGUAGUAGUAUAACAGAAUUGUUACAUCUGUUAAUUUUCUUGCUUAAAGUCUUUUGCUGCACAUGCAUGCAGGCCUAUGUUGAGCUUUUAGAGGAAGAAGACAUUGAAGUUCCUGCAUGGUUUGCUUUUAAUUCCAAGGACGGUAUCAAUGUUGUUAGUGUUGACUCUUUGAUUGAAUGUGCUACUAUUGCUGAUAGAUGCAAGAGAGUUGUAGUUGUUGGGAUAAACUGUACACCUCCUAUGUUUAUUCAUAGAUUAAUAUCAUCUAUUAAAAGGUAAUAUUAAUUUUGCUCAUGCUUAUGUGUGAAGCAAGAUCUGAGUGAAGUAUUUCUCUUCUUGAUUUGAACCAUAAAUUGGCAUAGUAGUUCUGACCUUGUAUGCAAACGAAGGUAUUAUGCAACAAUAAUAUCCUAUCUGAAAAAUUUAGUUUUUACUUGGCAAGAUUCAUCUCGUCUUUAUUUGCAAUUCGAAUUUACAGUCUGAUGCCCUGGCGAAUGUAUUUCGUGCUUCCAGGUGACAACCAAACCAAUCCUUACAUAUCCGAACAGGUGUGAUGCAGGGGCUUCCCUGGUUGGAGGUUGUUGCAGAACAACUCCUAAUACCAUCAGAGCCAUCUACUGGACCCUUUCCAAUAGAUCAACUGCUACACCGAUGUAGGGGACACUUACUUCAUUUUCAAAUGAGAGAGAAAUUGUUGUGAUAGUAUCAGGUCAGGAUUUUGCAGCACACUUACACUCUCACAAUAGUAGUAUCAGGGACUGGGUUUAGGAGUAUGAGGAGGUUUGUUAGGUCAAAUUUUCAGCCUCCACUAUACAAUAUGACGAAAAAAGCAGUGACUUAAGCUACAUCUUUUCCUUAAGUUCUGUAGUUCAUGGUCCCUUAACGAAGCGGAUGGUUCUUCAUGUAUUUAAUCUUGCACGUGUGACAUUAUUGAAUGGAUCAGUUUCUUCUGUUACAGACUUACAUCAGGCACUUCUUCUACCACCUUGAGCCCAGGAAACUUGGGCAACAUACCUAACUAUGCUCUAUUGGACAGGAUGAUGUCACAAGCAGAUAAAUGAAACUAUAUCGU